AAAGAAACACGAAAAACAAAAGAAGAGUCUCUGACAUUGUUGUUUCCAUUGCAUUGAAAAUGCCAGGCUUGACCCUCGGAGACACAAUUCCCGACCUUGAAGCUGAUAGCACCCAUGGAAGAAUCAAGCUUUAUGACUACAUCGGUGAUAGCUGGGCCAUCAUCUUCUCUCACCCGGGCGAUUUCACGCCGGUUUGCACUACGGAACUUGGCAAGAUGGCAGCCUAUGCUAAGGAGUUCGAGAAGCGAGGGGUGAAGCUUGUGGGGCUGUCUUGUGAUGAUGUGCAGAGCCACAAAGAGUGGACCAAGGAUAUUGAAGCCUACACUCCAGGGUGCAAGGUGACAUACCCGAUCCUUGCAGAUUCAAACCGAGAGAUCAUCAAGCAAUUGAACAUGGUGGACCCAGAUGAGAAAGACUCCUCAGGAAACCAGCUCCCAUCUCGAGCUUUGCAUAUAGUGGGCCCAGAUAAGAAGGUAAAGCUGAGCCUUCUAUACCCGGCAAGUACUGGCCGAAACAUGGACGAAGUGGUGAGGGUCUUAGAGUCGCUGCAGAAGGCAGCUAAGCACAAGGUUGUCACCCCAGCGAAUUGGAAACCAGGAGAUCCUGUGGUCAUUUCUCCCAGUUUGUCCAAUGAACAAGCCAAGGAGAUGUUCCCUCAGGGUUUUGAGACUGCAGACCUUCCAUCCAAGAAAGACUACCUGCGUUUUACCAAAGUGUGAAUGAACCAAAGCACGAAGUUGUGUUGUAAAUAAUGUAUGAAGUCAAGUUUUAUGUAAUGUGGUUAUUUCAGUUCCAUGAGCAGUACUAGUGUGCAACAUGUAUGCAUGUCUUUCUUAUGACAUGUUCUAAUGAAUAUGUGAACGCUGUAGGAGUUGUUUAUAUGCUUAUGGAAGCAACAUAAUAGCAGUAAUUAAUUAAUUUUGUU